CUCGUUGUUUACAGGAAAAAAAAAAAAAAAAUUUGACGGAGGUAGAAAGUUUCCGUCUCCCUGUCGAAUAAGAAACAAGGAGGAAAAAACUAUCCAUAUUCGAUGGUCAAUUGUUCAUCUCAUUCUCAUUGGUAGGAGAGACGACGUUAUUGCCGUUGGAGCGUCCGCGUCGUCGUGGUUGGGACGACUGUAAUCAAGAGAGUGGGAGACACAGAGGUCACCGGAAUCGGAAUCGGGAUUCCCAUCGCCGGAGGCCCUUUUUUGCCCAACCCUGAUGCGAUUCCUCCCUACCAAUUAAAACCCUUCUGUUCCCUUGCGCUAAAGUCUUCUCCUUCGCUCCCUCGGCCCCCGAUCUCUUCCCUCGUCGUCGCUCUGCAAUGAACGAAGUCAUCACGGCGGCUGAUGCAUCGGCCAGGUUCCGAUCAGCCACAUCACAGCCCUCCAUUAUCCCUUUCAACGUUCCUCUCAUCUCCGCCUUCCUCGCACUAGCUAUCGCCCAGUUUCUCAAGCCCUUCACCGUCUGGUUCAAGGAGAGAAGAUGGGAUUCUAGAAGGAUGCUUGGGUCAGGUGGGAUGCCCUCCUCACAUUCAGCAACGGUGACAGCGCUGGCCGUGGCUAUUGCACUGGAGGAAGGAACUGGGGCCCCAACUUUUGCUGUUGCACUGGUUUUGGCUUGUGUUGUAUGUACUCAUUAUCCAGUGAUUGAGGGUUCAUGCUUAUCCAUUUGUUUAGUUGUGUCCAGUAUGGUUAUGUAUGAUGCCACUGGUGUUAGACUUCAUGCUGGUCGUCAGGCUGAGUUAUUAAAUCAAAUUGUAUGUGAGCUACCUCCUGAACAUCCCGUCUCCAAUUGUAGACCUCUGCGGGAUUCACUUGGCCAUACUCCCAUCCAGGUUCUGGCAGGUUCCGUGCUAGGGUUUGCAGUGGCUGUUCUAUUGAGAACAUCCAGUUAGCAAAAGAUCCCCAUGUAAGGUGUUCCUUCAAAUGCAUUUACAAGCUCCGUAAAAAGCCGCUGUCAUUGGGAACAAAUUCCAUUGGUGCUCUUGGGUUAGGAAGAGGAACUGAAACUCUGAACAGGGCAAGGGAACUGCUCAGGUUAACGUGUUUGGGUUUGAGGUGUUGUUAGUUACCUGAAGUAAGUGUAUACACAGCUUGGUUUUUUUGCUUCUGAGUUCUAUAUUCCUCUUUCCAAGCGAAGAGGGCAACACGAAAACACAGCAAAAGAUUAUAUUCUUAUACUCUGAUCUGAUGUUCUACCGCGUAGCUGUCGUCUGCUUAGUGUAUGAAAAAAGUGUAAAAUGUAACGUUAACAACACUUCCAUCGACUUUGUAGCUGUAAUUUGGUUGCCGUUCUUAUCAGUAGCAGUACCUGUUUUGUCUGCCCAUCCAAUUCCUAGCUUGACGGAGGUUGCAAAUUGCAGACCUUGCUGUCGAGGAAUUCUUUCUACUAGCUAUGGCUCGCACUCAUGUAGCAUAGCUUAUCUCGAGCUUACUUGACCUAUCAUAACAUUACUUGAUCAUCUGUUUUAAUACACAAACACCAGUAUCUGGUAACAGAGCGUAAAAGCAAUCUUCUGUGUCACAGACAAACAUGGUGAAAAUGGUGGCAGCUACUGCCUACAUGGGAUCUUGGCCACUGCAUGCCUUAGACUACAAGCUAUCACUACUAGCUCAUCCUUUUAUCUUCGCCUUUCCGCUUGCAGCUUUUGCACCACAACCACGCCAUUAAGAUUAGCUUCCCACUCCGCCUUGCUUCGCGUCUCAAAAGUUCUUCAGCUAAUCUUACUGUGCUGCAAAACGUGCAGCAUGAAUGUAGCCGCAGAAGUUUCUGCGUCCUUGACUCUACUCUUGGCAUCUCCCGGGAUGUACAGCAUUCCAUCCGGAGUCGUAACUUCAACCGCCGAGACAUAAAUCUUCUCGUGCGGACGACCUUCCUCUAUCAUAAUGCUGCAGUAUUUAUACAAUCAACCAGUUGAAAAUCAUAUGCUUUUCACUACUACACCGAAGUAGAGUCAUUGAUCAUACAUAGAAUGUCGAUCGGUAACCUACCAGUAACACG